AUGUCUGGCAGUCACAUUGCGGGAAACCGCAAUAGCACCCCGGAGGCGAACACGACGCCUACACUCCGCCCCCCUUCCUCGAGAGCUGUCGGGGCCAACAGUCACUUGAGGGCUUCCGCCGACAUGGCCGCACUCUCCAACUCAUCUCCCUCGAGCCGCAUCCGCCCUUCGUCCGACUUUUACGGUUCUCAACAGGCCCAGGGCCAUGGCAAUCCCGAUACGGAUCCCCAAGACAAGAUCGCGCAGCAGUGGAUUGCCGACAUUGACCAAUAUGAGACGACUUUGGAAGAGAUGGCUGCAGCCACUCUAGACCAGGACUUCAAAGAUGAGCUUAGUGCUAUCGAGCAGUGGUUCAGAGUUCUCAGCGAGGCUGAGCGCACUGCCGCUCUUUACGCCUUGUUGCAGCAGACCACGCAGGUUCAGAUUCGCUUCUUCAUUCAGGUCUUGCAGCAGAUGGGCAAGAAUCACCCAAUGUCUGGCGUUCUGUCCCCGGCCAACUUCGACAAAGACCCCAUGUCGAACCGUCUCAGCGAUGCCAUGAACAAGUUGAACGUUGACUCAUCGCGGAACUCUCUUGCUCGCCCCUCGAGCACCGCGACCGGUAAGCGACAGUCGGGCCUUGAUCCGUCUACCAUCAAUGCUAUGUUUCCGGAUGCCGCUGCAGCUAUCGCAACCGAGAAAGCCAAGUUCACGCAACAGACGGGCAACCCUCCCUCGUCUAACCGUAAUAGCGCUAUAGGCGAUGCUCGCCAGUCUCUGACUGCCCCGACAAUUGCUGCCCCUGGCGACAACCACGAUCCGAAUGGUCAGAACCAGUCCUCUCAUUGGACUGGCGGCGAUCAGUCUGGUCAAGUAUCUAAACCCCACGCUGGCCAGCCCCCAAUGGGUCAGUUUGUUCAACCGCCUCCGUCGGGUGGUUUGCGAUCCCCUCGUCCGCAGAUCUCGGGCAGCCAGAACAUCCAGAACACCACCUUGACAGCCGGCGACAAGCCAGGAGAUAUGCCACUACUGUCUCCUUACAAUCCUAGUGGUGGCAACUGGGCGUCGAUGGUCAACACUCCGCUCGUGGCAAACUUCAAUGCCAACAGCGGCACGCAGGCGGACAUGGUUGCAAACGCUACGGCGAUGAAGUUAGCGGCACUUUCGACUGUCAACAACCGCUUCGCUCUCGAUGAUGUCCGCAAGUACCGUCGUGCCCGGUCCAAUGACGCUCCGGGCACUCCUGGCCAGCAAGGAAUGCCACAAGGUGCACAGGGUGUCAAUGUUCCCGGUGCCAACGUUGUCAUGAUCAACGAGCAUGGGCAGGUUCUCAGCCGCGAGCAGAUGCUUGCCCUGCAAGCCCAGAACAUUGGCUUUGGUCAGCAUCGAUCUCGGCCCAACUCUCCCGGCAUUGCGAUGCAACCGGGCGGCUUUGGGCCUAUGGCCUUUGCUUCUCCUCAAAACAACGGUUUUCUGAGUGCCUAUGACGGGGCUUCUCCCCUACUCAACAACGGCAUGCCUUCGAUGAAUGUGGGCCAGUUGGGCGUAGGCAACCAUGAAGGUUAUCUGUCAGACCACUCCGAUAUGGUCCGCGGUCGAUCUCCUCGUGGACGGAGAGGCAGCUCGAAGCCGCCGGAAGACCCGACGGAUCCAACAUUGUUGCAAGAUAUCCCAUCCUGGCUCAGAAGCUUGCGGCUGCACAAGUACACGGACAACCUCAAAGACAUGAAGUGGCAUGAGUUGAUCGAGCUUGACGACAAGGCCCUGGAGGACCGUGGAGUCAACGCCCUCGGGGCUAGGCGGAAGAUGCUCAAGGUUUUUGAGCAAGUCAAGGAUGCCAAAGCCGAGGGGAAAAUCGCCUAA